AUGUCCAUUGAUUUCCCCAAGGAAGAACUCGCCAUCAUCGAGAAAUGGCGGGAGAUCAAGGCCUUCGAGCGCCAGGUUGAGCUAUCAAAGGACAAACCUCCAUAUGUCUUCUACGAUGGCCCCCCGUUUGCGACCGGUCUGCCGCAUUAUGGCCACAUGUUGGCCUCCACCAUCAAGGAUAUCAUUCCCAGGUAUUGGUCCAUGAAGGGCUACCACGUUCCGAGACGGUUCGGUUGGGACACGCACGGCCUACCCAUUGAGCACGAAAUCGACAAGAAAUUUGGAAUCACAGGCAAGGCUGCCGUCAUGCAGAUGGGCCUCGAGACAUACAACAGUGAAUGCCGCGCUAUUGUCAUGCGAUAUCGGGAGGAAUGGCGGACCACCAUUGAGCGUCUGGGUAGAUGGAUCGAUUUCGACAAUGAUUACAAGACUAUGAACACCGACUUCAUGGAGACGGAAUGGUGGAUCUUCCAGCAGCUUUGGAACAAGGGCUCGGUGUAUCAGGGUCACCGUGUGAUGCCCUACUCGACUGCUCUCACGACGGCUCUUUCCAACUUCGAGGCCAAUCAGAACUACCAAGACGUCAAUGACCCUGCCGUCGUUGUCUCUUUCCCCCUCAAGAGUGAUCCAAACACUCACCUUUUGGCCUGGACGACGACACCCUGGACCUUGCCUUCGCACACGGGUCUAUGUGUUAAUCCCGACUUUGAGUACAUCAAACUAUUGGAUGAGAAGUCUGGCAACCACUACAUCAUUCUUGAGAAGCUCAUCAGCACUCUUUACAAAGACCCAAAGAAGGCCAAGUUCAAGAUUGUCGAGAAGGGCAUCAAGGGCAAGGACAUGCUCGGAUGGAAGUACGAGCCUCUCUUCGAUUACCUUGUCCCCGAGUUCGGCGAGGUGGCUUUCAAGGUUCUCAAUGCAACAUAUGUCACAGAUGACAGCGGUACAGGUAUCGUCCACCAGGCCCCGGCUUUUGGUGAGGACGAUUACAAUGUUGCUUUUGAGGCUGGCAUCAUCAAUGAGAAGAGGCCACCUCCUGACCCGCUCGAUGAUCGCGGUGUCUUCACCGACAAGGUUCCAGAAUUUGCGGGAAUGCACGUCAAGGAGGCCGACAAGCACAUCAUCAAGCACCUGAAGGGAACCGGAAGAUUGGUGGUUGACUCUCAGCUGAAGCACUCUUACCCCAUGUGUUACCGUUCGGACACCCCCCUGAUCUACCGUGCUGUUCCGUCCUGGUUCAUCCGCAUUCCCGAGAUUGUCCCUCAGAUGCUCAAGAACCUCGAGGGAACACACUGGGUUCCUACCUUUGUCAAGGAGGCCCGAUUCGCCAACUGGAUUGCUGGUGCUCGCGACUGGAACGUCUCACGAAAGAGAUACUGGGGAACCCCUCUUCCCAUCUGGGCCAGCGAUGAUCUGGAGGAGAAGAUCUGCAUCGGCAGCGUCGCUGAGUUGAAGGAGCUGAGCGGCUACGAAGGUGACAUUACUGACCUUCACCGUGACAAGAUCGACCAUAUCACCAUUCCUAGCAAGCAAGGAAAGGGAACACUGAAGCGUAUCGAGGAUGUUUUCGAUUGUUGGUUUGAGUCCGGCAGCAUGCCGUAUGCCAGUGUGCACUAUCCCUUCGAGAACAAGGAAUCUUUUGCCAAGAGCUUCCCUGGUGACUUCAUCGCCGAAGGUCUGGACCAGACCCGUGGUUGGUUCUACACCAUGGCAGUCCUGGGUACUCACCUAUUCGGUGAAAUCCCGUUCAAGAACUGUGUUGUGAACGGAAUGGUCCUGGCAGAGGAUGGCAAGAAGAUGUCAAAGCGUCUCAAGAACUACCCUGAUCCGUCUCUCAUCUUCGAGAAGUAUGGAUCAGACGCUCUUCGUUUGUACAUGAUCAGCUCCCCAGCAGUCCGAGCUGAGCCUCUGCGCUUCAAGGAAAAUGGCGUGAAGGAGAUUGUGAAGAAUGUGCUCCUGCCUUUCUGGAACAGCUACAAGUUCUUUGAGGGUCAAGUCGCAUUGCUCAAGAAGGUCGAGAACGUUGACUACAUGUUCGAUCCCAAGAUGGAGAGCACUAAUGAGAACGUCAUGGACCGAUGGAUCUUGGCUAGCUGUCAAAGCUUGCUGCAAUACGUCAACCAGGAAAUGGCUGCCUACCGCCUCUACACGGUUGUACCGCGUCUCCUGGGCUUGAUUGACAACACCACAAACUGGUACAUUCGAUUUAACCGCAAGCGUCUCAAGGGUGAGUAUGGUGUCGAGGACACCAAGCACGCCUUGAACAGUUUGUUCGAGGUUCUAUUCACGCUUUGCAGAGGACUUGCUCCUUUCACACCAUUCAUUACCGACACCAUCUACUCUAAACUUCUGCCACACAUCCCCAAGGAGCUGCAAGCAGAGGACCCUCGCAGCGUGCACUUCCUGAGCUUCCCCGAUGUGCGCGAGGAGCUCUUCAACCCCGUCAUUGAGAGACAGGUUGGGCGGAUGCAGAAGGUCAUUGAGUUGGCCCGAGUGUCGCGUGAGCGUAGGAGCAUUGGUCUCAAGACCCCGCUCAAGACUCUCAUUGUUCUCCACCGUGAUCAAGAGUAUCUCGACGACAUCAAGUCGCUUGAGACGUAUAUCACGGAGGAGCUCAAUGUGCGAGACCUUGUCCUGUCAUCGGAUGAGGCCAAGUACAAUGUCCAGUACAGCGUCACAGCCGACUGGCCCGUUUUGGGCAAGAAGCUCAAGAAGGAUAUGGCAAAGGUCAAGAAGGCGCUCCCUGGUGUCACAAGCGACCAAGUGCGCAAGUACAGCGAGGACAAAUUCAUUGUGGUCGAUGGAAUCCGACUUGAAGAAGGAGAUCUUGUGGUGAGGAGAGGUCUGAAGGAGGACGAGAACUCGAAGAAUCUCGAGACAAACACCGACCAGGACGUCUUGACCAUUCUUGACACGGAAUUGCACCCCGAACUCGCACAUGAGGGUGUGGCCCGUGAGGUUAUCAACCGUGUCCAGCGUCUCCGAAAGAAGGCCGGCCUUGUACCCACUGACGACGUCAAGAUGGAAUACAAGGUUAUUGCAGACCCGGACAAUAUCGGUCUGGAGGAGGUGUUUGUCUCGCAAACAGCAACCAUUGUCAAGGCGCUGCGCAGGCCGCUUGACAAGCACGACAUCACGCAGGUUGAUGGGCAGAUACCCGAAGAGAAGCAGGAUGGUAUCAUUGCCGAGGAGGAGCAAGAAAUUCAGAACGCAACUUUCUUGCUCAGGUUACUGAAGCUGUGA